AAAGAGCAUCCCAAGCGCUACUGUACACUGCGGAUCGGAAGAAAAUGGCGUCAGAGCAUUUAAUACAAGUGGACCAAGUAGGGCAGCCUCCAAUGCCACAAGUUCAUUUCAUGAUGAGACAAGAGAGCAAGGAAAGUGAGGAUUAUGAUCCAAAAGUGGUUUCGCUGGGGCCUUACCACCAUGGAAAGACGAAUCUCAAGUUCGUUGAGGAUUACAAGCCCAAGGCCGUUGAAUUGUUCAUUGCCGGUACUAAAAACGAAAAUGAAUACUUAAAAGAGAUUCUGAAAUAUAUUGGGUAUGCUAGACGUUGUUACCUCGAAGAAUACACCCGUAAAUACACUGACAAAGAAUUUGCUCGAAUGAUGCUUCAAGAUGCAUGUGUCAUUCUAAAUUAUAUCGAAUCGAAGGAAAUGUCAUGGAAAAGAGACGAGAUGACUAGGCAUAUUGGCAUUGCUGUUUAUAACAGCCUUGGACGUGACAUCUAUUUGCUUGAAAAUCAGGUACCUUUCCGGAUUCUCGAGAUCUUGGUUGUCUUGAGAGAUAAUAUGGACAGACGCGACUUUGUAAAGAACGUGGAAGAAUAUUUCUUUAAAAGGUUCUUCCAUCAUUGGGAGGCAAAACUACCUGUAGCUGAUGAAAAGAAUAGGCUCGGGAAGGAAGCCCUUCACCUUAUUGAAAUUUUCCGCAGGGUAAUUGUCACAGGCAGCGAUCCAGACCCCAAAUCUGAAUGUGAAUGUCUUUGUGGCAAUAUCAACUUGGUAUGGCGCAGUCAUGAUGAAAGUUCAAUUAGUAGCGAACCCCUGUUCAGUUCCGUGACGGAUCUGAAAUCAAAGGGCAUUACUUUCAGUGCUAGUGAGAUUAAAUCUCUCAGGGAGGUAAGGUUUUAUGCAUAUAAAUUUCACUUAAAGUCUGCUGAACUGAAGCUCCCGCGUUCUUAUGUCACAAAGGACACAAGAGUGUUUUUCAAGAACUUGAUCGCUUACGAGUUCUCUCCCUAUGCUCCUUCUGAUAAAGCCGUGACUAGUUACGUGAAUUUCAUGAGACUACUUGUGAUUUCACAAGAAGAUGUGAAGGAACUACGAGAGAAGCAAAUUAUAAUCAACGGUUUAGGGAGGGACGAAGAAGUGGUGGAAAUGUACAAAGCUUUGGAUACUUUUGGUGCAGAAGACACAUUUUCUUUGAGGUCUUUAAAAGUGGAUAUUGAAAAAUACCAUCGCACCAAAGCCAAGACUUGGAUGGCUGACUUGAAAAUCAAAUAUUUUGGCAGUCCCUGGUCUCUGAUUGCUUUGUCGGCUAGCAUUUUCCUCAUCUUCUUGGAUAUGUUCCAGGCCUACUAUGCAGCUCAUGGUUCUGGUCAACCUUCUUCAAAAGGAGCGUCUUGAUUUUACUUCUAUUAUUUCUCUACUUAUUUAUGCGUUGAUUGAGUCAUACCUUCCAUACAGUCAGGUCUAUGUAUCGUGUUUAAUUUGUUCCUCCUUUUGUAUGCUUGUAAAGAGUACAUUAUUGAUACUACUACUCCCCAUAUGUUUCAUUUUAGUUUGAUUAGAGGGAGUUUAAAAAUAAUAAGGUACACGGGAUGUUGUAAAUUUAAAUUAAUAAUGUGUGUAAUAUAUUAAAAUAUCUAUCAAAUCUUGUUGUCUUAAAAUAUACGUAAAAGAUAAGUAUUAAAUAAACUAUUUUGUUCUGAGUUCA